AUGACAUCCUUCCCCAUCACCUUCCUAAAAUUCAUGAAGCUCCGUCACCCGCUCCGCAUGGCUAGGUUUCGGUGUCGAUUACGUCAGGAUAGGAAGGGAAAGCCACAUCCGCUUUUUGAACACGUUCAGGAUAUUCAGGCGCAAACUAGUGAUGCUCAGGGCAUUCAGGUGAGCACGCAGAAUGGGCUGACGGGCAGCGCGGCAAAGGGACUUCUUCCCCAAUGGAACAAAAAGAAGAAGAACAAAAACAGAAACAUACAACAGUCAGGAUUCGCAUGUGGUCACCCACCAUACUACUAA